AUGCAACAAGCAAUCCCAUACACAAAUUUGCCUCCCACCACCACCUCUAACGGUGGCGCCACCACUCAUGUUGUGGAGGUGCCAAAAUUGGUGGCGGAGAAUGCAGUGGUGGUUUUUGCUAGAAGUGGAUGUUGUAUGUGCCAUGUUGUGAAGCUUCUGCUACACGGGCAUGGAGUCAACCCCACUAUUUUUGACGUUGAUGAACAAAAUGAAGCUACCGUUACCGGAGAACUGUCUAAGAUUAUUGGUACAGGUGAAACAAACGCCGCCGGCAGGCCGCAGCUUCCGACGGUUUUUGUGGGCGGAAAACUAUUUGGAGGGCUAGAAGAAGUCAUGGCUGCUCAUAUUUCCGGUGAAUUGGUGCCUGUGUUAAGAAAAGCGAGAGCUCUUUGGCUUUGA